AUGGCCCCCUCCUUGACCUCGAAGGACAAGUUCUUCGCUUCUUUAGAUACACUAGAUGAUGAAAGCACUGUAAGCGAGGACGAACCUUUACGCGAAGAGCGCAAGAAAAGACUGAAGACUGAAGAUGCUCGCCCGAAGACCUUAAAGACACCCUCUUUGGGUCGAUCAGUGACUGUCCAAGAGACAUGGCCAACUCGUAGUAUUGCAAGGCAACCUCCUCGAAGAUCGAACUCCGAGCCGGAAGGCCAUCGCACCAAGGCUGGCCUGUUCCAGCAUCUCAUCUUCUACUUUGUGCCAAACGACAAUGUCGCUCCAGUACGCAGAAGGCGUAUACAGAGUGCCAUCCAGCAAGGUGCAAUUUGGAAACGAGAUUUAAAGGAGGAUAUUACUCACGUCAUUGUUGAUUCCCAUUUGGCUGCUGGGGCGGUAGCACGACUGUUCAAAGGACGUAUAAACUUCAGCGACGUGCAUAUUGUGAAGGACAAUUGGCUUGUUGAAUGUUUGACACACAAGUCUCUAAGAGACCCUAGCGCACACCGCUUUCAGGUCAAGGAUGCAGACAAGAUCUUUGGCAAAGCGAACGAACCAGAAUGUCCAGUAACAGGUCAGGCAUCAGCGACAGAAUGCAAUAGAGAAGAUGUGAAAGUAACUCCCCUUCAAAAAGUCACGGCAGUCGCAGCCACGGAUGCUUUACACCAGAUCAUACAGGACCUACAGCAAGCAGAUCGUUUGCCCUUCGAUGCGGAAGUCGACCUCAAAGAAUUCAUCUCCGACGAUGACGGUCGACAAGGCGGUAGUGGUUAUGAGCCAUCGUUUUCGAACGAAGCCGGUGUGCUACGGGAAGAUAGAGGCUUCAGUUGUAUGGAGCCGAACAAUGGCAGAAGCUCUGAUGGUCUAAACAAGAGAACGAUUGAAAUUCUUCAGCAAAUGGCCACAUACUACGAUCGAGUUGGUGACAACUGGCGUACGUUGGCCUAUCGCAAGGCCGUCAAUGCGCUCGACAAGCAGAAAGAAUUGGUUGCCACAAAAAACCAGGCAUGUAAGAUCUAUGGCAUUGGGUCCCGCCUGGCUGAUAAGAUCGAGGAGAUUGUGUCGACGGAUCGCCUCCAACGGCUCGAAUCGGUCUCCUCAGAUCCGAACGACAAAGCGCUUCAGAUCUUCAUGGGCAUCUAUGGCGCAGGUCUUACCCAAGCGAAGUUGUGGAUGGACCAAGGCUAUCGUACUUUGGAAGACCUCAGAGACAAAGCAACGCUGACUCCGAAUCAGCAAAUUGGCCUCGACCACUAUGACGAUCUGCAGCAGCGGAUUCCUCGUGCAGAGGUGAAAAUGCAUGGAGACGUUGUUCAAAAGGCCCUUCUGCGCGUCAAUAAAGACUUGGAAGCGGUUGUGGGAGGCUCGUACCGUCGUGGUAUGCCAGACUCAGGAGACAUUGAUGUUAUGAUAAUGCAUCCCACAGCCGAGCUUGCCCAGCUCCAAGCAUGGGUAUUCGACGUUGUCAUUCCAUAUCUGUUCGAGAUCGGCUUUCUGAAAUGUGCGCUCGCAACAUCCCACACGUCAAAAAAGCAAGCACGAACGACGCCCGCAAAGUCUCAGAGGCAGGAAGAAACCACGCCUGGUGAAAACAGCAUCGAGCCCAUUUCAUCAUUGGCCACCGGCUCAGAUGGCGGCUCGAAGUUUCACGGUGCGUCGUGUUUACCAGAUUCCACAGUCUGGCGACGAAUCGAUUUGCUUCUUGUGCCGGCUUGCUCUCGUGGAGCUGCUAUGAUCUAUUUCACGGGCAAUGACAUUUUCAACAGAUCUAUUCGGCUCCUCGCCUCUCGCAAGGGCAUGAGAUUGAACCAGCAUGGACUGUAUAGGAAUGUGUUGCGAGGGCCUGGAAGGGUCAAACAAACUGAAGGCGAGCUGGUCGAGGGUCGAGAUGAGAAGAAGAUCUUUGAGAUCUUGGGUGUACCUUGGCGAGAACCAGAAGAGCGGAGGUGCUAG